CCGCCGGGAAGAUGGCACCUGUCACGUCCGCCCGCGUCCCCAGCGCGCCGUCCCGCUGAACUGCUGCCGCCGGCCGCCUCCCUGCUAGCGAGAACGCCACAGGCAUGGUUUAAACCGCCAGGUAGCUCAAGACCAGUGAGUUGUUCUACGUGCGAGCGUGACGUUGCGUAAGCGUUUGUGUUACUGCCGAGAAGUCAUUUUGCAGGGUGGCGGGCAUGGCUGCCUCGGUUGCAGGCUCGCUCUCGCCCAGCGCACGGGUUUCACCCAUAAACAGGAAGCGUCUUCGAGGGGUUAUCGGCAGCUGACGGGGUGCCAUGCCUUUGAUGUCUGGCGCAGCCCCGUGCUCAGACAGACGGGCGUGCUGUCGCUAACGUGCCGCAUGGGGAGCUUAGAUUUUAUGCGGGAUUACGGGGCGCUCGCGUUGGGGCUCUGCGGCAGCCGCCGCCCGCCUUGCCUGCAGCCGCAACAGCUGCGUGCCGCCCGGGGCUGCGGGGAGGGGACGGGGCUGCCAGCGCGCGCGUCCAGCCCCCCCGUGUGGGCGAAGGGCGGCGGCGCCCUCCCGCUCCCGCGGCCCUCCCGUUCCCGCGGCCCGGCGGCUGCCGUCCCGCUGCCGCGGCCCUCCCGCUCCUGCUGCCGCUGCCCUCCCGUUCCCGCUGCCCUCCCGCGCCUCUCCCGCUCCUGCGGCCCGGCAGCAGUACCCACAGCCGGCGCUCCCACAGCGGGUGGAGGCCAAAGGCUGAAAUUUGGGGUAUCAGAAUCGGACAUCCAGUGAGGAAUGGGCGUUUGGGUGGGUUGGUUGGUUGGUUUGUUUGUUGGGGGGGAUUAGAAUUAUUUUUAGGGCCAGACCAGCUAGAGUGCCCUGUGACAGAGACAGGACUCGCUCUGGUUUUCCAGACGAGAAACACAGCUUAAUAAAAAGCAUAAGCCUACUCUGAGCGCUGCUACGGUUUUAAAGUUGUUUUCCAUGCGAUGGGAAAGGAUCGUAGGAGGCGUAAGGUAGGAAGGGAGAGGAAGAGUUAGGGAUGCUAACGGGGGGGGGGGGGGGGGGGGGGAAGUAUUACAAGGCUGACAGGCAGCUUCGUCUGCCGCCCUCAGAGACCUGCUAAUGCAAACAUCCCAUCCUUGCGCCAAAUCCCGGCCCCCUCCAGCUGUCCAGAUGAAAAGUUAGAGGAAACGGUGUGAGGCUGAAAGUAUUUGAAGUCUUAAACACCUAUGAAGGCUAUAACAAAUCUGCAUUAACAGGGAAGGACACAAGCAGCAGGAGUCUAAAAGAGAAAAAAAUACAAAUGUGCUUGUAGAAAUAACGUGUAGUUAUGUAGACUGGAGCACUAACCUACACGCUACUGCAAGCUACUAAACAUCAUUAGACAUCAUUAAAACUUCCCUGUGUGCCUGAGGUUGCAAGGAGACUGAAGGGGGACCCUGGUCGAGGCAGCUGCGCGUGGCCAUACUGCACAGGCGGGACUGGUGAAGUGAUUCCGUGAAAAACUGAGCCACUAUCAUAAAGGUGAUGAUCAGGCAGUAGGCUUCCAGGUGGCCAAGGAUCAGGAUAGUAGAGCUGGAGGCAGCAAGGUAUGCGUGUUCUUGGUUUUGUUUGGGUUUUGUUUUGUGUGUUUGCGACGCCUAGCUCUGUUUCUGCUUUAGAACAGAUCAGUGUCCUUCAGGGGUUAGAUACAGAUGAAUGUUCCUUCUCAGUCACGGAAACAGGCCAAAACCAAAACAGGGGUAGCCUUCAAAGUAUGUUAACGGAGCAGAAUGAAACAAUAUAAGAAAAUUAUGGAGUGAAACAUGUUUCCAUAGUGUCAUGUUGGUAAGUACCAGGAAACAUACGCAUCUUUAAAAUUGCGGUAGAAAUGCGUGGAAUAAGAAAACAGAGGGAGAGCUGUUCUACAGUUUAUCAAGUAUCUAGCUGUUUUUUAUUUUGCCUGGCGACUAGCAAUUGUCCCUGAUGUGUGUGGGUUUGGGUUUUUUUUUUGUUUAUGCCACUAGCUUGUCUUUCAAAUUUAGGCAACCCAAGUGGAAUGAAAGAGUCUGUUCUCAUGUGUAAUGGGGAACACUUGUCUGACAGUGGAUUUCAAAAUUUUAGCAAAAGUUAAAAACAGUAUUCCUAGGUUGCAACAGUUCUUUCUGGUAGUAAAAAAAAAAAAAAGUUGUGUUUAUUAUAUUUGGUAUUCAUCGGCCAGUAAAACUUGUUGUGAUCUCUUUGCUUACUUCAAAGUAAUAUUAACAUUAAAAUGUGAUCUCUUUGCUUACUUCAAAGUAAUAUUAAUGUAAAAAUUAACAGUAGCUUCUUCCCUCUGCAGUGUCCACGUAGAGCUGAUUGCUAUAAUACUUAUCAUUAGCAGUGUCACCUGUGAGGCAACCACAGCAAUUCAGCCUUCCCCAUCUUGUCUACCAAAUACCUCAACCACAGGCUGGGGGAAUUCCCUCAAGGGUUCUGUGAAUCAUUCAGUGUGAACCUGAGCAGAUGCACCCACUGGCACAACAGAAAGCUGGCGGCUGCGAUCCCCAAGGAAAGACACAGGGUGGGUGACAGACCCACGUGGGGACAGAGAAGAUCCUCUGCCUCCUGCUGAGGAGCUACAGGUGUUCCUGCAUCCUUGAUUUAUGACAGUCAUGUCCCAUUCAAAGGAUCUCAAAGACGACUUCCACAGUGACACUGUACUUUCCAUUUUAAAUGAACAGCGCAUUCGGGGUAUUUUAUGUGAUGUCACCAUAAUUGUGGAAGAUACCAAAUUUAAAGCCCACAGUAAUGUGCUGGCAGCUUCAAGCCUUUACUUCAAAAACAUUUUUUGGAGUCGUACUAUUUGUAUUUCAGGCCAUGUACUGGAGUUAGAUGAUCUCAAAGCUGAAGUGUUUACAGAAAUACUGAAUUACAUCUACAGUUCCACAGUAGUUGUUAAGAGGCAGGAGACUGUAACGGACCUUGCAGCAGCAGGGAAAAAACUGGGAAUAUCAUUUCUAGAAGAUCUUACAGAUAUUAAUUUUUCAAGUUCCCCCUGCCCCUAUGCAUACUGUAUUAAUGAAAAAGGGACUGUCAAAGAGGAAAAACAUGAAAAGAGACAUGAAGACUCCGCUGUGACAAAUGGACCACGAAUUACAAAUGCAUUCUCGAUUUUUGAAACUGAAAACAGUUUAUUUUCUCCACUUGAUUUGAGGGCGAGCUUUAAAAAGGUGUCUGAGACAAUACAAGCUCCCAGCAUCAGCCUUGACAGAAGUGACGUUUGCAAAGAUGCUGAGCCAGCCAGUACGCUGGCUGAACACUCCUAUGCUGUUUCUUCUGGGGGAGAUACUUUCCAAGGAACACCUUUUCUUGAACAGGACAGCAGCCCUUCAUACAAGAUGGCUGAAGACCACUAUGAAAAUCUUCAAGCCACACCACUCAUUCACCCAGGAAAACAAGUAAGUAAUACUCCUAAAACAGCCUUUAAGCCCCAGAGUACUGGUUUGGCUAUAGCAAAAGUACCAGCCUCUACAGCGACCACUACAGAAGCCCCACAUGAAGCAGUUACUGAUCAGGCAAAUACUUCUUUUCCAAAACCUCAAAAUAAAGCAGGAGACUUGCAUUUAUCCAGAGAAGAGGACAACAGUUCUGCUAAUGCCUCUGGAUCUGUGGCAACUGUUGUUCCACCUGUUUACAACUGUAACUGUUGUGCAAAAUCAUUCAGUGACAGGGCGUUACUUAGUACUCAUCUCCAGCUCCAUUCAGAGCGUCAGGAAACUUUCAUAUGUAAAUACUGCAGCAAACAAUUUGCAAAUCUAAAUAUACUGGAAAGUCAUGAACAGGUCUGUGUGAGACCAAGUAGCUUAUCGGUUCACAAUGGAAAUGAACAAAAUUUUGCAGAUAACUAUACUGCUACAGAAGGAAGGAAUGGAAGUUCAUACACAAACGCAGAGCCUCUGUUGUCUGAAAACAGCAUCACUGAUUAUUCUAAUGCAAACUGCACUUUACCAGAAACAGAUCAUUUGGUUAAAGUCGUUGAUGGGCAGAUACUAUACACUUGCAUCGUUUGCAAGCGUAGUUAUGUAACAUUAUCUAGCCUUCGAAGACAUGCAAAUGUGCAUUCAUGGAGAAGAACGUAUCCUUGUCACUACUGCAAUAAAGUAUUUGCAUUAGCUGAGUAUCGCACCAGACAUGAGAUCUGGCACACUGGAGAAAGACGGUAUCAGUGCAUUUUCUGUCUGGAGACUUUUAUGACUUACUAUAUACUAAAAAAUCAUCAGAAGUCUUUCCAUGCAAUUGACCAUCGUCUCUCAGUAAAUAAAAAAACAGCCAAUGGAGGCUUAAAACCAAGUAUGUACCCAUACAAACUUUAUCGACUUUUACCUAUGAAAUGCAGGCGACUACCUUAUAAGUCCUACCGAAAUUCUUCAUACGAAAGUGUUCAAACAGGUAGCCAGGUUAAUGAAACUGCUUCUACUAACUGUUUCGUUCAGAGUUCUCUUAGCUCUGAGCUACCACCACUGAAUUUUCAACGUAAUAUAAUAGCAAAUGACAGAACUCUAGCCUUGGAUACAUCUGCAUGUAACGAUACAGCAUCUUCCACAAAUACUCAGAAUUCUUCCUCUUGGGGAGUAGGUAUCUUAAAUUCUGACCUGCAAAGAGACUUUUUUACAGCUGAAAAAAGAGUUUCUACUGCUGCAAAUGACUCUGGUUCUCAGGAGUGUGAUUCCUCAGUUGCGUCUUUAUCGAAUGUGAAUGAAAAUUCAACCUCUGUCAUCAGUUACAGCAGUUCUGCACCCUCUGUUAUAAUGCACAGUAGCAGAGUUUCAUCGGUAAUAAUGCACGGUAAAACAGUCACUUCUGUAGAAAACAAUAAGACAGAAUCUUCAAAUAAUCUACCUAGUCAGUCUGUAAGUGAUGAUUGUAAAUACGGGUCAGAUAAUAACGGAAAGUGCAUUACAAAGUCAAAACCUGUUAAAGAGAAAAAGAAAGCACUGCUGUACAACAGAGCAGAAGCAACUGAGGAUAUGCAGCAUGUCACAGGAUCUGGAGGUUCAUCUAGCAAAACAACAAAUACCGUCCAAGAAUCGAGUAAAACGGAAACAUACAUUGCAAAGCCUGCCUUACCUGGAACAUCUACUGAUAGCAAUGUUGCACCUCUUUGUCAAAUAACUGUAAAAAUUGGUAAUGAGGCUAUUGUAAAAAGACACAUAUUGGGAUCUAAGCUGUUUUGUAAAAGGGGGCGAAAAUCUAAACAUGAGUCCAAACAGGACAAUCUAAUUGAGGAAUCAGAAAUGGAGGUAAAAGAAAGAAGCCCAUCUAGGCUCUAUAGUUCAGAAUGCCUGGAACUGACAGAAAUGUGCGAUGAUGUAAGUGACCAGGACUCCAGUGAUAAACCCUGGAGACCCUAUUAUAAUUACAAACCAAAAAAGAAAUCCAAACAGCUAAGAAAAAUGAAAAAGACCAAAUGGAGGAAAAAGCAUGGAAGCAAGAACACCAUUAUGGAAAGCCACAACACAUGCAGUCGAGAAUAUGCGCUCAGAAAUACCCCUGAGGAAAAAGUGAUUGGUCAAGAAGAGAAUGCAGAAAUGCCCAGUCUUCAUUGUGAGCUCUGUGAAAGAGAUCAGUCUUCCACUGCAGAAAUUCAAGAACAUGUACACUGGCAUGUAGCAACUUCAAAGCCUUACAUUUGUGAAUUAUGCCAAAAACAAUUUCAAAGUCCAUCCACUUUAAAAAUGCAUAUGAGGUGUCACACUGGGGAAAAGCCCUACACUUGCAAAACCUGUGGUAAAUGUUUUUCAGUUCCUGGAAAUCUACAGAAACAUGAACGUAUUCACCUGGGUGUUAAAGACUUUGUCUGCCAGUACUGUAAUAAGGCAUUCACUUUAAAUGAAACGCUCAAAAUACAUGAAAGAAUUCAUACUGGAGAAAAACGCUACCACUGUCAGUUCUGCUUUCAGAGCUUCUUGUAUCUUUCUACCAAAAGGAACCACGAGCAAAGGCAUGUACGUGAGCACAAUGGAAAAGGAUACGCUUGCUUUCAAUGCCCCAAAAUUUGCAAGACAGCAGCAGCUCUGGGAAUGCACCAGAAGAAACAUCUAUUCAAAAGUCCUGGUUCACAAGACAGAAAAGAACAGUUUUGCAGUGAAAGCACUAAACUUUUGGAAAAUCCACAUUUCCUUGGCUCAGAAGGAAGUGAAGUAAAAAAUAUACAAAAUGUAACUCCAGAAGUUAUACUGUGAGUGACAGUUGUGUAAAAGAAGAAAAAUCCAAAACUGUAUGUUGGAGAAAAUACAGAUGCAUUGAAUGGGGAAAUGUCUCCACUGAAAUUAGUAUCAUUUACUGAGAUCAACUGUCUUCACCUAAACAUGUGUCAAUAUAUGCAAAACAAAACAAAAAAAAAAAAAAGAAAAAUAACAAGAAAACUAGUAUUUGCAAUAAUACAAACUUUAUUGAAAGACCCAAAAUACUUUUGCCACAAUAGACUUCUAACAUACUGAGAGGGAGAAAGAAAAAAAAUAAUAUGACCAACCCAAACCCUUCUACUUAGCAUUACAGGAAACUAGUCACUGAACUAUUUUAUAGUGCUGUUUUUGAGUCAGAAUUGUUCUAGGCAAAAUAAAUAUGUAGGUUCGCAGUGUACUCUGUAGAAGGAAUAUUUGCUGCAGAAACCAUAUAUUGCAUUCUUUCACAAAAAAUAAUGUGUUUAUAAACAAAGUGUAAUCUAGUGUAUUCAAAAGUGAAGAUGGGAAAUGUUUCAUGAACUUGGGUAUGCUGAAGUACAGUUGAGUUCUGGUGUGCUUUUCUGUAACUCAACAUUUACAAAACAUAUUCAGGAGUUUAAACCCCUCUUUCCUUUCCAUGUUCAGUUUUGUAGUUACCAUAAUAACCGUUAAGUCUGAGUGCUUGUGUGGAAAGUAUUCCAGAUUUAUGGUAUCUCUGAGACAUUUAAUAAAGAUUCAGUGGAACUCACAGUAGCCAGUCUUCCAAACUGCAUAAAUCCCAAUGUCAAUGGCCUGGUAGAGCUAUUCAGGUGCAUUUGUCUAAAAAAAAUGUUUCUCAGCAAACAUCCUAGCUUAAAGAAAUCCUGUAUAUAAAUGUCCACUUCCUGCUGGGUCUGCAAAUCCUGUCUUUUAGAAAUACAAUUCUUCUUAGAAGAAGAAGAGGAGAUUAUUAGGUAGUCUUCCUCCUCAUCCUGGAAUAAUCCCUGGACAGCAAAUGACAGAGCAACUCCCCAUAAAUACUUUGAUUUUGGGGAGUAAGUAAAUACUCCGAUUGUUGCUUCCGUAUGUAUCCCUGAGGCAAUCCCUAUGUAUAAACAGGGGUAGGGCCGGUUUUGGGGGUUCCCCGUCAUUCCCAUGCCUUAAACACAUCUAACCUUCAUAUGGCCCUUCAUGAGUGAUCCCCCUAACCAUGCCAGCGUCUGGACCCAGGCAAGCUGUGUCGCAGCGUAGUGCGUAUGUGCCCAGCAUAGUGGGCCCAUAGCAGAGAGGUGCCUGGAACAGGUUGCUGGAGGAAGGAGUGUUGGCCUUUCUGCCUCCCUCAUCCUGCCACGCUGAAGGGUUACGGUGAGCCUUAUGGCUUCACAGUUAGCUAAGAUUCGGGAGAAUAGGCUUCUGAAAGACAUCGCCAAAAUACUACACUUAUUUUGUGAGAAUAUGAUUAAUUUUAACUGAGAUUAAGCGAUCUUUAAAAAGUCAAAAGAGGUGGUAUGUCUACAAGUUGAAAUUUAUAUCAUAGGGCUCUGUUGUACUGUCUCUGCAUUUCCAAUUAGUCAUGUUUGUUCAUCUCUGUGAAGCGUUAAAAAAAUCAAGUCAGGACAAAGGUCAGUGAUCCUCAACUUCAUUCUAUGGGCAUAUAUGGUACACAGUUUGUUUACUUACUUCGUCUUGAGUAUUUUAAAAGAAACUAUAGCUUGGGUACAAUAAAAAUACAAUUGAAAUGUUAAUGCAGUAUUGAUUGAAGUAAUAAUAUAGUCCACUUACUUAUUCUAUCAUUGGUGAAUGCUAUGAACCCCUUGAGAAAUUUUGGUUUCAUGGCAGCUUUGGUUCCAUUUAAGUAAGGUUAACAGAGGAAUAAGCAGGAAAGUACAAUGAUGUUUCAAAGAAAGUACACAAAGAUAUCUUAUAAGUGGACUUGUAUGAUGAUAAUUAUAGACCAAAGCAAAUAAGGUAGAAUAUUUAUAAAUAUAAAGAUAAUUUUACAAGUAUUUUAUAUAACUGUAUAGUUCAUAAGAAAAAUAUUGAUAGCUUGUGUUAGGUUUGGGGGGGUUUGUAUAUUUUGAUAAAAACACAAUGACUUUGUAACUCUGUAUAUUCUUUACAGUUUAUAGCAAAGCAGUUUUAAGAUGGCAAUGUCAUGUUUAUAGUUCAAUUGUGGCACUUUUACUACAAGUAACACGUUGCAGUAAUGAGUCAAGUAUUAAUGACCAAAUUAGAAUUAAAGUAAGUGUAAGAGAAGGUAAAUACUAUACGUUGUCAAAGACUGUAAUUUGCUACAUAAUCGCAUCUGUAUUUUUGUUCAGAAAAAAAUAUUAAAUGCAGAUGUUAAGGAUUGAUAAA